AUGACUCCGAUUGUCACCAACAAGCUUACCUUCUUCGUCUCCAGGGACCUCGGCAUAGACGCAGAGCUUCUUCUCACUUUCGACGAUCAGCCUAUCGCUGGGAUGUACAAGGACUAUUACCCAUCGGCUUUUGCGGUCAGGAAAUUUGGGGCCGAUGGUAUCUACCGCGCUGAUAUUACAUAUCGAUCACAACUUGCGUUCACCAAGGUUGUUGUUUCCCAUGAUGUCAUCCAAAGUGCUUCGACCGAGGUUGCUGUUCAGGUUGAGCAAUCUACCACUUUGACCAUGAAGAAUCAAAUAUUCCAUUUCUCCGAUCCCAAAACCGACCUCUCGGUACCGAAGAAUAACAUCCAGUGUGUAAACCACGCACCAUGCAAGGAGGAUAUAGGCCUUGGUUUCAUUGAACGGGAAGGGGAUGAGCCCAAGACGGCUCUAGUUUGGCAUGGCGUAGAGCACGGGCAGACGUUGAACGUGGAAUUUGUUCCGCGUCUAAGAGGUUAUGUUAAUGCUUGCCCCUACCAGCUGGGUAGCUUGCUCGAGGGCCCAAUUCAAAGUGGCCGCCUUUUCGACCAAGACCUCAGUACUCUCGACAAACAUACCACAUGGGUCGUCACAUACGAUGAGCCCACCGGAGUUUUUAGGAUCGAUGAGGAGAUAACGAGCGAGGUUCAACAUCUGUGA